AUGGUAUCGUUUCCUGAACAAGUCAAAUUACAUCUAAUAUCUAUUUGUCAAUUAUUUUCUUCCUGUUUGCAAAGAUAUGCCUUACAUUGUAGUACAGAUGGUCAUUUCGCUCAAUUAAUCUUCGGUGCCGAUUUACUUCGCGCAUAUCAAUCUUCAUCAAAGACGAAUUCUUCGCCUGCAAUUCUCGCACUGUUAAACAAACAUUUCAGUAGUUUCGAAGAACAGCUAGGAACUUAUGUGAAAGUCUUCGCAUUUUUUCUCCGCGACACUUGCCUCGAUCAAACUUUCAUUCAGCUGAACGCACAUGAACGACGAACAUUCUUAUCUAAUAUCGAUGAUAAAUUACAAGCAUUAGAAUAUAAAUCAAGCAUCUUUCAAUGGAGAGAAGAGAUUGAUAUUGAUUUAUUGGUUAACCAUAUACUGAAUACGUUGCCAAAAGCAAUUUUCGAUCGCAAAGGUUUCUAUCAGAAUCUGCUUUGUCAAUUAAUCAAACAUAAUCUCGAUCGAAUUGAUGAUUAUUUGGUUUACAAUCAACAAUUAUCGUUUUCUACAGUCGGAUCAACGAUUCAACAAUCGCGAUUGAUUGAUGGAAUACUUUUACCUGUUCAUAAUUCUCAAAAACUUUUACCUUCGUUCAUAUCGAAUAGUCCAAUUACGGUUGUUUUUUUAAAUCUUGAUUCCGAUGACUCGUCAUUCACAAUCUCCGACAAGAACCAAGCAUUUUUAUCCUAUGAUACACUUGUCUAUCGCCAAUUUGUACAGAAUUAUUUAAGCGAUGUUCAAUUGAUCAUUUCGUUAACAUAUCUAAAUGGAAAAUUCCUUUUUGAAUUGCAUCAAGCCAAUAUCAAUGUCAUCGAUUCAUUAGAUGAUCAAACAUUUGAAUUUUUACUAAAAGUUUAUCGAUGUUUACCAUGUAAUCGUUUGUUCAUCGCAGACGAUGACAAACUCGAUAAAAUCUCGACAUUUUUAAUCGACCGUCACGUUCAAAUCAAUCAACAAUCCUACAUCUACUUAUCAUCAAACGGUUCACAUCAAACUCUUCUCACUUGUGUACCAACACCUACUCUCAUGUUAACAACGCAAAAGAUUUUGAUAAACAUCGUUCGUUUGGUGAAAUAUCUUCUCGAAAAAUUGAAAACAUCAGGAAUGUUAGCAGUUAGUAGAGAACAGGAUUAUUUAAAAUUCGUUGGAGAAGAAAUUCCUGAACUCAGACACAUCUUAGAACAUCGCUGUAUUCAUUUGACUAAAUCAGAUUACAUUUCACUUCCCGUUUGUCUUUUUCAACAGUAUCUGCGUAAUGGAAUUCAGUUUCUAUGUUAUAUUCAUAAAAUCGAUGGUGUACACAGUACUACAAAAAAAGUUGUAGUCGAAAAAAGUUAG